AUGCAGAGAGUAUACAGUGGCUAUCUACGAUCGUGUGAAGAGCCUCCUCAGUCGUUUGAGGAGUGGAAGAAACGAAGAAUCGAAGCAAGCCCACUCUUUAACUAUUGGUACCUCGUCAUGGAACUAGAAAUAACUGUGCUAACAUUUGUGCAAUCAAUACGACAAGGUGAUGUGGUUCUGUAUUGUGAUAGUUUGGAAAGACUGAUUACAUGGUUUUUCGCUCUAGAUCACAUGCAUUAUGCUCGGUGGCUUUCAGUGCAUCUAAGAGACAUGCUGGCUCUCCCCGAUCGGCAUCCUCAGAUAGCAGAAGAGUUCAGAAAUGGAAAGUUUGUCAUUCACAAGACCCAGAAACCUUUCUCAGCCAUUGCGUUAGACCAUGCCCACGAACAGAACAAUAAGAUCGUGAAAGGGGACGGGGGCUCAGUGGGCCUAACCGAAAAUUCAUCAGAACUAUUGAGGAGGAUGGUAUCUGGGCCGGAAAUCUCACGUAUGGUGUCCUAG